AUGGCCAACCCUUCCUUACGCCCUUUUCGGGUAUUUUUGUUUUCCCUUGGAAUGGCAGUAGUCAUGUACACAGCGGCUUACCACAGCUACUACAGCGCUAGCUUGUCUACUGGAAGAAGCGUUAGUUCCACGGCGCUCGCUCUACUGGCGGAUCAUGCUGCGGCGGAUAUCGAUGCGCCUUCCAAUGCUUCUACUACUGAUACUGAUAGUAACAACAGCAACAGCAGCAAUGCCGAGGUCAAAGCGCUGCGACAAAAAGUACAACAACUCGAAGAACGGGUAAAAGACCUCGAACACAAAGUUGCCUCAACUCCCGAAACUUUACCCCAUCCAGUCAGUAGACUUUCCACGACCACCACUUCCCCACAACUUUCCACGAUCACUUCCACGCCCACCAACAGUUCCAAAAAGAACGUCCAAAGAUUUCCCAUCAAAAGAGUCUAUCGUGGCAAGACCAAUGCUACACAAACUAGUACACUUGCCAAGCCAGGCACUGGUACCGCCAGACUUGCUAAAUCACUCCUUAGCAAGAAGACCAAUGCUACUAGUACUAGUACUGCUACCACACCACCACCUACUACAAGCACUACCAUUCGCAAGCUACUGCCUUCCCAACUCAAGCUACCAACUCCCAUUAUUGUCAUGGGACUGCAAAAGGCUGGCACCACUUCCAUUUACUCAUACUUUACUUGUGGCAUGGAGGGAAAAUUGUCCCAUUACGACUGUAGACCACCACCCGCCAACAAAACAAACGGAGGAAAAGCGGAACGCUAUGGACUCAGCUGUGGCAAAGCAAUGCUAUGGAAUAAAAGAGCAAACAACAAACCGCUCUUUGAUGGAAUUGAUGAUUGGGAUCUGUAUUCAGAAAUUGAUGCACCGCACAACAACUUGCUCAGUGGAGUCAUCUUGCCACAAGUGUCGUGGAUACAGGAUAUUCACGAAGCCUUUCCAAAUGCUACUUGGAUAUUGAAUUACAGAGAUCCCGAAAAAUGGCUAUCUUCUAUUGACCGAUGGAAGGAUCUACGCAAACGAUUCAUCCAUGCACACUACCCACCAUUCUUCCGCAAGGGGCGAGGCAAAACAGACCAACAAAUGAUUGACUUUUACAAUGAACAGGCUGCUCGAGUCGUAAACUUUACACAGGCUCAUCCAGAUCAUCAUCAUAACCUUGUGCAGGUCAAGAUUGACAGUCCAGAUGCCGGGCAAGUACUCGAAGAGGCAUUUGGCAUUACACAGAACUGCUGGGGAAACAAGAACCACAACAAGGGUGAUGCUUAUUGGAAUCCAAACUAA